AAAAAAGGAAGAGUAAGAGAAACAAAGAGAGAGAGAGAGAGAGAGAGAGAGAGAGAGGCAGAGGAGGGAGUGAAGACAGAGGGGAAAGAAGAAGCGGUGGGCUACUAGAGCAAAUUGGUUCAUCGUGGUCCGAAUAAGUUCAUACAGCUCACAAGGCGAUCAUUCUCAGUUUCGAGCGGCUAUAGUACACAACUCCAGAAGCUACGAAAAUGGAAAUGGAUAUCCCGACCUCACUCACCAUGGAAUGGAAGUCCGCCUUGGAAUCAUCACAGGAGGAGCUGAGAACGAUGACAUCCUAUCUACGUGAGACGGAAUUCGUAGACUUCGUGAAGAGAACCAUGAACUUUGACUUGUUAAAUUUCGCGUCCAAAAUUCAAGAAGAAGAUGACUCCAGCGUGUCUAGUCCAACGUGCAAAUAUACCACCUCUUUCGCACACUUCCGUGCCAUGUGUUGGACUAGACAGAUGCACGAAUUUUGGACGCAUGUAAAAGAACAAUACAUGGAGUCAGAGGCGCGUAGAUGGACAUCCGAGCCGGAGGACUCGAACGGAGCUUCAUCGUAUGUCGAUGAUCUUGCUGCAUGCAAGAAAUGCAUGUGGAACGGGUACUGUCCCCUCCCGAGAAAAGAUGGAGAAGACCACUGCCAUCGGAGAAGACAUCUCUCGAGGCGGGUCAAUACUGAUCUGAAGGAGGAACUGAAAUGCCCUGCGUUAAAAGACAGGCAGGAAGAAAAAACUGUAGCGAGCAGAAUACAAGAAGAUCUACUCUGGACAGCAAUAGACGCGGAACUAAAACAGCUGGAUAAUAAAGAUCACAACCCAGCUGACAAUAUUAAAGAAAAAACACCCCCGCAACCACCAAAGGAUGACCGGCUCCAGGACGCACCGCAGCACCAGCAAGAAGAGGAGAGCCGGCAUCCUUCGCCGCCAAAACAACCAACAGUACCGGGCCCAGUUCUGCUCGAUACAACAAAAGCAAACUCCUUCAGAUCGAAACCAUCUAUUUCUGGGAGGGAGUCCGACGACUCUGACGAAGGGUCGGUUAAUCGGCUUAACAACAGCGUCCGAAAAGCCCGAAGAGCAGUAACCGCGCAAGAGGAUCGAAGCCGGCCAGUCCUCGUUUUAACACCGCCGGCUUCUGAUGAAGUUCCGACGAAGACCAGCCUCAUCGAGUCCGAGGACACUCCGGGUGAAGUCUACACGUGCGUCGAGGAUGAGGUGCGGCAGGAUGUAGCGGUCUGUGAAGAGUUUUUGAAUGCAAAACUCAAUUGCUUGACAGACCACAGCUACUAUCAGAACCGGCCGCACAACAUGGACUGCCUCGGGAUACAAACGCCGUCCGAAUCUGAGGACGAAGAGAUCGACGUAGUGUCUCUCGCCAGUCAACGAGCAAAGCUGGCGGCGCAAAACAAGGCGACGCCUUUCCGUCGGCCGCGCGGCAGGCCACCGUUGAAUCGGAAGCGGGCCCUGCCGCAGGAGCCUGAAGACCAUCAACCUGCUCCUAAGCGGCGUCAAACGCGCAAGCUGGAUGCGCCAGGAACGUCAAGCUCCACCGACGAAGAGGCCCAGCAAGAUGAGCAGGUCAAGAACAAGGGCAGGAAGAAGGGCAAGCAGAAGAACAAGGAGAAGAACCCGGACAGGAGGAUCCAGCACAACACCAUGGAAAAGAGGCGACGAGUAUACAUGGCGUCACUAUUCCAACAGCUUAGAAGUCUGAUUCCGCAUCCUAAUCCGAAUUUCAAGAUGCCGAAGGUAAGGAUACUGAUGGAGGCCGCGAAUUAUUGCAAGAACCUCCACGAAGGUGCGAAGACACUCUCCAAAUUGAGGGAAGACGUCACGAAGAAGACUGCGAUAGUGAAGCAGCUGGAAUGUAAGCUUCAGCGGCGCGAGAGUGGCAACGACGAGGAGUCGACCUCCUCGGAGCAGUCUGACGAUGAGUACCAAUUUAUCGAUGACAUAGAAGACAUAGAAGACAUGAGCGGGUCGUCGGACUCCGAGACGGAGGCGAAUGUUUGCGGGGACAACAGCGCAAACAUACCAAUACACGCGGGCCAGUAAGAAGGCGAGAAAAAGGAAGAAGAAAAAUAGACUAACCAUCCGCAUAGGCCAUAUGCGUGCAGAAACAAUCGGGAAAUUACGCGAGCAUCCUUGGAAAAAGGAAAACUUACUCACUCCACUCCUUGCUCGCCGGUGGCCCCCUGGUGGCUGCUCACAUGAAGAGGAACUCGCGACGUACAUCGCGGAUAAGCAGAAGGAAGAUCUGAAAUUCUGCAUUUUGACGAGGAUCCGAUGAGAGCGAAUCAACAGACGCCGCCAUGUGUGUGCAUAAUGAUGACAGGAGCAUACAUGAUUGAUGCUUGAUCUGAAUGUACACAUUGGAAUCUUGUUGUUUGCUCAUUCAUCGCCGGGGAGACGCCUGUCGCAGGUUUCCUCGAUUAUGAGUUUAGUUUGUUGAAUUUGCGGCUCCAAACUGAGUAGAGAAUUAUUGGCCGAUCCAUCUACCUAGACUCGGGCCGUCAAUUGUCGCAAUGAGGGGCCGGCUUUACGUACGCGGCGAGGAUCAACAUGCACUGCAGCAAGUGUGUCAGCAAGUGAACGUGUCCACUUGCGAAGUGGAAGACGCGUUCCUCGCGCAUGAGGGUUCACGUUCGGUUUGACUUCCUCAGGUAUCGUUCCGAAAA